AUGUCCGCCUCACUUCCGCGCCCGAAACGGGCAGGCGAAGACUUCGCCCGCACCCACCACCAAGAAGAGGGAGACAACACUGGGCCCGCCAAAAAACCAAGAUUCGACCUUCGAAACCCGUCCACUCUCGCACCCGAUGCACUCGAUGACGACGCGAUAUUAGACGCGGACGAGAUUGGGAGGCGUGGGCAACAAGUCCGCCGCAAAGCUAUCAACCUCGAUGGCUACGAAUCGGACAGCGACAACGAAGGCUUUGAUGCGCGGUCCUCGGCCAAGGCACAGCAAAAAGAAGCGAAACAAGAAGCGGAGGAUGAUGAUAUGUUCGCGGAAUUAGAGGAGGAUUUUGGCGCCGAAGAAGUGGACGGCGAUGCAGCACUACGGAAGGACAAGAAGAACGUGCGGUUUUUGCGAAAUGACGAGAUUGAGGGACAAGUCGCGUCGUCGAAGAGUGGGCGAACGUUGCGAGUGGAUCUGAGUCAAGGCGGCGACGCCGUUAAUAUUGACGAAGAUGAAGAGAGUGAGAGCGACGUUGGUGAAGAAGACCGUGCACAGGUAGAGACCGGCAUGGACGAGGAAUUAGGAGCCGGGUCGAAGAAGAAACAUGCGCCUUUGUUAGAUGCGUUCAACAUGCAGAACGAACAGGAAGAGGGUCAGUUUGAUGAGCAAGGCAAUUAUGUUCGCAAAGCGGUGGAUCCCGAUGCUGUACAUGAUUCAUGGUUGGAGGGAGUAUCGAAGAAGGAUAUUCGGCUCGCCAAGGAGGCAGCCGAUAAGAGAGACGCUGCGAGAAAAGAACAAGACCGCUUAAACGAUAGCGUCUUAACAUCGGAGGCCCUCAAAAAUCUUAUCCUGCAACUGCAGCGUGGCGAGACUGCACUGGACGCACUGGCAAGGAUAGGAAAGGGAGCACCAAAGAAACCCAAAUGGCAAGCGAAACGGAAUAAGAACCGAUCAAAGGGUGAUGAGGAUACAGAAAUGGAGGAAGAUGAUCCUAAAGAGGUAGCAAGGAAGCAGGCGAUUGAAGCUGUUACCGGGGCAGCUGAUAUUUUGAUGACAAGAGGACAAGUUGAGAUCUACGACACGGAACGCGAGGUUCUCACUAGACAAUACCGCCACGAAACAGGCGAGGAUUGGGUUGAUCCUCCGCAGACUACAGAUGCAGUCAUAGAAGACGCCGGGUCUGCGAUGUGGGAAUAUCGUUGGUCUGAUGCCCGUGAUGGUGGCGCCGUACACGGGCCUUAUGACGGGCCCACGAUGGAGUCAUGGAAGGGGGCAGGCUAUUUUGGCGAGGGAGUUGAGUUUAGGAAAGUGGGAGACACCGGAGAGUGGAAUAGCAACAUCAGUUUUGUAUAG